CGCCACUCCUCGGCAACCUUGAUUGGUGCUGGGAGUCUCGGUUUCCUUUAUUUCACCCUCAUUCCUUUUUCCACCCCAGCCCAGAGACGCGGGCGGCAGGCGGGUGGCACGUGCCCGACGAGGUGCAGGGGCGGCGGCGGCGGCGGCGGCCGAGCUGAGCUUUCGGCCCCUGCGACCAUAGAGUCCGGAAGUGCGGCCAGAGCAGCUCCCGGGGGCGCCGCACGGGCAGAGCCCGGGACAGCGAGGGCAGCGCCCGGGCGGGCCGAAUGGCCGCAGCGCUGGCCAUCAGGGUGGUCGUGGGGCUGGCGGCAGCGGCGCUGGCGGCCGUGCUCCUGGAGCACUAUGGCCUGGCCGGUCAGCCCUCGCCGCUGCCCCAGCCCCGCGCCUCCCGGAGCCCACACCCCGCACCGGGCCCCGGAGCCAGCAACAUCUUCUGGGGGCUGCAGAUAUCCGACAUUCACCUGAGCAGGUUUCGUGAUCCAGGCAGAGCUGUAGACUUAGAGAAGUUCUGUUCAGAAACUAUUGGCAUCAUUCAACCAGCUCUCGUCCUGGCAACAGGUAGGGAGGGUUGCCGUGCUGUCGCGUUGUUCUGUGGUCCGGAUGGUAGAAUGCUAGGCAGGGCUGCAGCUUUUCACUUCGGGCAUGUUGGGAACACUAUAGCCCCAGCUCCAGGAGACCUGACUGAUGCCAAAACAAAGGAACACUUGGGAUCCAGGCAGCAUGAGGUAGAAUGGCAAACUUACCAGGGUAUUCUGAAGAAGACAAGGGUCAUGGAAAAAACGACGUGGCUCGAUGUUAAAGGAAAUCAUGAUGCAUUCAACAUUCCAAGUCUGGAGAGUGUCGAGAAUUAUUACAGGAAAUAUUCUGCCGUACGUAGGGAUGGCUCUUUCCAUUAUGUCCACAGUACUCCCUUUGGCAACUAUUCUUUCAUCUCUUUGGAUGCCACCCCAAAUCCAGGGCCUAAGAGACCCUAUAAUUUCUUUGGAAUUUUAGAUGAGAAGCGGAUGGAGGAACUUCUGUUACUGGCCAAGGAGAGUAGUCAGAGUAACCACAGUAUUUGGUUUGGUCACUAUACAACAUCCACUAUCCUUUCUCCAUCACCUGGAAUUCGGUCAAUAAUGAGUUCAGCUACAGCGUAUUUGUGUGGGCACCUCCAUACUCUUGGUGGACUGAUGCCUGUUUUGCACACUCGUCACCUCCAGGGCACUUUGGAACUUGAGGUGGGAGACUGGAAGGAUAACAGAAGGUACCGGAUCUUUGCUUUUGAUCAUGACCUCUUUAGCUUUGCAGAUUUGGUCUUUGGCGAGUGGCCUGUGGUUCUUAUCACUAAUCCUAAGUCACUCCUAUAUAGCUGUGCUAGACAUGAACCACUAAAAAGACUUCUUCAUUCAACACACAUCAGAGUCUUGGCCUUUUCCUUAUCCUCCAUUACUUCUGUCACAGUUACGAUUGAUGGAGUUCAUUUAGGGCAAGCUAUUCAUUUAUCUGGUCCUAUUUUCAUACUGAAGUGGAACCCAAGAAACUACAGUAACAGGACACAUAACAUAGAAGUAACUGUCCAGAAGAAACUCGGGGAGGAUGUGAAAGGAAUUAUGACUGGGGAUGAACUCUUAAUAUCCCUUCUAUCAGAAGUUGGAUCAUUGAAAGAAAACCUGAAGGAUUCUGCUGGAAGAAGUAGGAGUGUGCACCACCUAUUUUCUGUUCAAGAGGAUAUUCAUCUCAGAUUUGAUCCCCUGGCAUCAUUUAUUCUCCUUACUGACCAUUGCAUCGUGGCCCGGGUCCUUUUUGUGAUAAUUGUGCUGAUCCAGCUCACCAUUCUCAUUACUUUUAGGCACCGAGGAUAUCCAGAGCAUAAAGGGUCUCCAGGAUUUAUAAAUUUGACCUCAUUUUCCCUCCACGUCCUGAGCAAACUAAACAUCUUCUAUUAUUCUGUGUUGUUGCUAACCCUAUAUACAGCACUGGGACCGUGGUUUGUUGGUGAGAUCACUAAAGGCAAAGUGGGUUGCUGCUUUUCCUUUGGGAUAUUUGUUGAUGGACAUUUCCUACAAGGCAGCCUAACAUUUGUAGUUGGAAUUCUGCAGCUGGCAUUUUUUAACAUACCGUUGAUGGCUUACCUGUGUUGGAGCUUGCUGCAGCGGUGCUGUGGUCACAACUUCCGGUCUCAUCUCCGUCAAGGAAAAUACUUGAAAAUCGUACCUGUUCACCUACUUAUGUUACUGCUGUACAUCUGGCAGAUUUAUUCCUGUUACUUUCUUCAUAUGACAUACGGCGCUCUAGCUUUUUUCUUCUCCCCUUUGCGGACCUGGUUGACACUGCUGACACCUGUUAUCAUUCGAGGUGUGUGGACUCUGAACUCUACCGAGCUUGGAACCUUCAUAGCACAGUUAAAAAGCCACUUGAGCUCCUGAAGGCCUUGCCUCACCAUCUGCCCCUGGAGCCCAGGCCCCUGCCCCAGCAGCAGGUAGAAGGCCAGAAGGCCAGUGCUGAUGGGCAAGCUUCAGGGAGCUGGGGCACUCUGGACACCUAGGAGUUGGGGGGAUUGCCCACUUCUGAUUCCUGCAGAAUGGACUGCAGAAAAAUCUCUAAAUAAUGCCACGAUUCCUUCCUUCUCCAAGAAGGCAGGGGAUUGAUUUACUUUUGUGAAGAGAAAGUUCUAAUCAGGAGAUCCACAGGGCAGGGUCUGGAUGUGUGUAUGGGAGUAUCAGAAGCCCAGUGUAUUUUUUAUGGUUACCUCAUGUAAAGUACCCAGCACGGUAUGUGGACCUCGGUAGCCGGCACCACUUCAGAGUCGGGGAAGCAGUACGAACUUGAGGCCUCCCCUGACUACCCUCGAGAUACUAGCUCCAGGUCUUCUUUUCUCUCGGGGUUAUGGGCUCUCGGCUUCUUUAGGUGUGGGUGCUUUCAGCUAAUCAAAUAAAAGAGUGAUGAUUCAGAA